AAUCUACCAGGGCCGCUCUGUGUUCACUGACUGCAGGUCCAAGGUUGCUGUGAUAAUACAUGUGUUUAUUAACUUCUUAAAUCCUGUUGCCCGCUCUAUACAAGUCCACUGGAGGGACACACUUGGGAGAGGAGCAAGUCUUAAAAGGACCUGCAGAAGUGAGCAGUUCUUUUCAAAAUGGACUCUUGCUAAGAGAAACCAGCUGCAAGAAGCAUCAUCAUCAUCACAACCAUGUGACAUCAGAUGCCGUGCUAAAGAAAAAUUGUUCCACGGUUUGCAACAGAGAGAUCAUAAAACACAUGCUGAGUCUGACAAGACAGUGACUGUCAAACAAGGGAAACAGGGUUUCAUAAGAGACCCAGGAUGGCUCUGGCAGACGGCAAGGUGCUGGUUCUGGGAGCGUUGGCUGGAGUGGCUGGUGUCAGUUUGGCUGUGAUGUGUUACCAGGGCUUUAGCUCACGACGAAGAGCCUCUUUGGCAGGGCCCUACUCCAUGCCAAUGGGUCAGGCUCAGGUGCUGGAUCGCCUCGAGGCCCUGCACCAGUGUGUAUCUGAGCUCAAGGAUGAGAUGAAGGCUUUGCAGAAUGCUCUGCCUACACUGCAGGCACAAGUCAGGGAGGAGCUGACGGGGCGUGAUGAAGCACGUCGAGCCAGCCCUCUGCACAGGACCACGCCAACACGGAGGAAAAGACCAGUGGGCACCAUCAGUAGCACCAGAGCUGAGGCUCGGAGCUCAGAAGAGGCAGAGAGUGAGGGAGGGUAUAUGACUGCUCUGACAGACUCUGAGGAUGAAGAGAUAAGUGAUGAAGAACAGGGGGAGGAAGAACAGGCUGAGGACAAGUUAUCGAUUCUCCUUGAGAGGAUCGACUCUUUGCACCAUGGCACUGAAUCCGACAAAAGAGAGAGUCUCAACAUACUUUUGGAGCACAGAGAGGAGGAGUUUGGACAGAACUCGAGGCUUCUCUGGCGGCUGCUACGAGCUUACUGUGAUGUUCAUGAUGUCAGUGCCACUCUGGAGGACAAGAAGACCAUUGCACAAACUGGGAAGAAAGUUGGCGAGGAGGCGGUGAGCCUGAACCCCACAUGUGCUGACAGUCAUCGGUGGUAUGCCAUCAUGUGUGGAAUAAUGACGAAAUACGACACUGUGCAGAACAAGAUAAAGAAUGGAUACAUCUUCAAGGAUCAUCUGGAUAAAGCCAUUGAGCUGAACCCGCAAGACCCAUUGUCCUACUACCUGCUGGGCCGCUGGUGCUAUUCUGUCGCUCAGUUGUCGUGGAUUGAAAGGAAAGUGGCGGCCACGUUAUUCGGAGAACCUCCAAGUGCCACGAUUGAAGAUGCACUCAAUAAUUUUCUUAAGGCUGAGGAGUUCCAUCCAGGGUAUUCGAAAGUCAACUAUGUAUAUCUAGCCAAGUGUUACAGGGACCUGGGGCAGCGAGAAAAAGCCAAGACGAUGUGUGAAACGGCUUGUUCAAUGAAUUCUGUCUCCAAAGAGGAUGAAGACGCACAAAAGGAUCUGGAGUUUCUCUGCCCAGCGCUCGGAGUGUGAUGACACAGCUCAGCAGCGCAUUACUUUGGACUUUGGAUCUCUUUGUGUGUGUGUUUGUGUGUAGGUGUGUGUGUGGUCACAAUGGUACUGAGGCCCUUAUAUUAAUUCACUCUGUGAGUGGAAGGAGCUGUGGUGUUUUUUUUUUAUCACCAGUGCGAGCUAUAGGAACAGCCACAACCACCCUGUGUUCUUUUAAAUCAGACACUGUGUAGUUAUAUAAACAUCACAUACCUGGUUGUACUAAAUCAGUGAGAGAAUUAUUUCUUCCAUCUCUCUGGAUCUUCAUCAAGCCUUUAAAAUGGGUUUUUGUUGAUGAAUGGAUAGUAGUGCAUUUAAUUUGUUUGAUAGUCUCUAAAUCUGUUCCUAUCUGGUUCAGCAACAUUGUUGAGCAUAUCCUCUCUGAGGUCUGAUUCCUGCGAGUUUCUACAACAACAAAGAUGUGCAACUUUUUGGGAAAGUGACCCAUGGGACAUGUUGUUCCUUCCUCUUUUGUUUUUUUUCACUGUCUCUCUGUCACUACAAGCACAUCAGACAAAGAUCUCGACACGCCAUGACCACUGAAUGACCUCUCGCCCUCUUCCCUCUGCUGUUAUUGAGACCAGUGUCACAGCUCGCCAGACACUUUUAUUUACACCUGCAUGUUCUGAAAUAAUUUGAUCAUGUGGUUAACACGUAGGUGAUUAUGUUCUUUUAUGAUCCCUUUCAUGAGAUGUGAUGUUCUGUGGUUGUUGACUUUGGCAGUGCUUCAUUACUUGGUUACCUCCUGCUAUUCAGUACCUAUGACAGUAAUGUCACUCUGGGAUUAAUUGCAGUUUAUUAAGUGAUCAAACAGGAAGACAAGUGAGAACACUAUUUGCAUUGCGUGUGUGGUUGGUUUGUAAUGUUUUUCCUGGACCGCUGUUAUACACAUCUGUCACCAAGCCCUAUUGAAUUAUUUUUGCUCGGAACUCUUAGUAGGACCUGCAUAUAUCACAAUUGACUUUUUUGACAUGACAUGUCAUUCCUAAAAUGUUGUAAUCUUUUGCUUAUCCAAUGAUUCUAUUUUAUGUUUUUAGAAUUUUAAACAAUAAGCAGCAUUAGUGGGGUUUUUAAAUAAUAUACCUUUCCGACUCUGUUCAUAUAUUUCAGGAAUGGUUUUCUUCUAGCAUGACGACCUAAAUCCUUUAAUUUUCUACAUGUUCCUCUAUUGAGCUCUGGCUCCCUUACACUCUAUUUUUAAAUAUGUGAAAUUUAAAGCCAAUUGAAUUGAGAUUUGAUCUGAUUUUGAACGUUUUAUGUAAAACAAAGAGGAGAGCUUUCUUCAGCACACCACUCGAGCUCAAGUAAAAAAAGAGUCUGUUUGUAGAGGGCUCCUGUUUCACUGUGUUUAUAUACAACAUCUAAUUAUCCCGGUACAGGUUCAAUUAAAUUUUUGCUCAGGUUUCUAUUAAUUUAGAAAACAACCUGGAUAGGUCCACAUGGUUUUUCCAUGAAGUGACAAUAUGUGAUUAUGAAGCCUCAUUAGUACAAUCAAGAACUAAUAUUAGACGAGGGUGUUUAAAAAGAAACCGCACUGAUUUGCAUGUAUAUUCAAAUCUCAUUGAAAGUGAGAGUAAGUUAAAUGGGAAAUUCUGGUCUUUUUCCACCUGGGUGCUGUGUUUAUAAAGGUGGGUGUGUAAAUUUUAAAAACCUUGGGUAUCAGUGCUGUAGAUUCCCUCCACCAGCACCGUGACAGAGCAGCAGCGGCUACAGUGUGACCAUAUGGGGCAACUGUGACAGUUCAUCAGAUGUCGACUUAAAAUGUGUUAUUCUUACUAAUUAAGUGUCUGGCAACAUUAUACAUGUCUCGCUCAAAGAGAAGUCUCACCCCUCAACCUUGCAGUUGACCCUCCACUGUAUGCUGCCGCUAGCUCUUCAAUUUUAAGGAACUAUUUGUGCAUAAAGUCAAUCAAGUAAGGACGGCCAUCCAACCUAGGAAAGUGAGACGUGUAAUGUUGCCAGCCUUGUAGCAAAGACCCAGAACAACAUUUUGAGCAUUUUAUUGGUGAAAAAAAAAAGCAUCUAUAGCAGACAUUUUGUGGACUGUUGAAGUUGCCCCAUACUAUUCCAUUGUAGCCGCUGCGUUGAGAUGCGGCUGCCAGCAGAGACAAGUACCAUUCGUUUACAAACCUACAUUCAUGAACAUAGCGCCAAGAUAUAAAAAAAACGUAAAUUCUCGUUUUAACUAAUGAAAAAAGAGUCACAGUUGUUGCUUAAGCAUGAUGUAAUGCGUUCCAGGCUAGAUAUCGGCACUAAUAUCCGAGGUAAUGGUGGAAUAUUUGAUGUUGGUCAUUCCAUAUUAUUAUGUGACUGUUUGUUGUCAGUCUUGUUUGAUGCAUGUUGUAUGAAACCUUAAGUUUUGUUUGUUUUUGAGAUUUUUGGGGGGCGAUUCUUCUUUUUCUAUCAUUGUAAAGUCUUUACUAUAUUUAAGAUGACUCUAAUUAAGGAUUACUCUAUUUGUAGGAAUUUCUCACUUUACAGAUUUUUCGAACAGCAAUAUGAAUGUAUUUCCAUUUUUUUUUUCACAUGCCAAACCAAAACAUUAAUGAAGACUAUCUGAAAUCUAAUACACUACAUAUAGAUUAUACUGUACAGUCAUACGCAUUGUGCUGUAACUGACAAUUACUGGUUACUGGAGUCUAUAAUUAAAUCUGUGCUGUCCUGAU